UAUGCAAAUUAGUUUGCACGUUGUUGUGGUGAACCUUUCACAGACACUUGCUCUUCUAAAUGAUAGUAGCCAUUCCGAUCUGUCGGAUAUAAUUGAAGAAGAGGAAGGUAGCGAUUGCGACCAGAAAGAGUCACCAGGAAAUCAUAUGGCAGUGCCUCAUAUUGAGAUUACUAAGGACAGUUCCGGUUCCGUUUCGGCUACCGACGAAGAAGUCGACCAGUCAAAUAAUAAUAAUAAUAACAGUAAUAGUAAUAAUAAACCAUCACCAUCUUCCCCAACACAAGAUCACUUCUUCCCUAUUGAUCCUUCGAAUAAUCAGCCUCGCUCAGCUCAUCAACCAGAAGGAGAGUUGACCGAUACGCGAUAUAACAACGAAGUUCGACCAUUGAAAAUCCGGGAAGAUAUCCCGGAAGCAGAAUUGAUCGAUUACGAGGAUGACGGCGAUUCCGAAGAGGAAGCUGCCGAACGUACUCUGUUUGUUGCUCUGUUCGAUUACGAUCCACAAACCAUGUCACCUAAUCGAGACUGUUGCGACGAUGAAUUAGGAUUUAAAGAAGGACAAUUAAUAACUGUAAUAGGCGAUAAAGAUUCGGACGGCUUCUAUCAAGCUGAAGUAAAUGGCAGAAGGGGCUAUGUUCCCGGUAAUAUGGUAACUGCAGUAGACGUAGCUCAACAACCAAGAAGAUCUUCCAGAACGUCGUCAGGUACAGAAGAUAAUCGAUGGAAUAGAGCGCCGAAACACAGCCCCACCCAUAGUUAUUCAGAAAGUGGUGGAGGAGGCGGAGGCGGAGGCAGCGGAGGAGGUAGUGGUGGUAAUGGUGGAGUUGGUCAUGGACAUCAUUAUCAUCAUGCGCAUAGGCGAACUUCUGCAUCAAGCGGAAGACGGGCUAGAAGCCCAUUCGGCAGGGGUAGAAUAAGGCGAAUGCGAGCUUUAUUCAAUUAUUUUCCCAGUGAGAGUUCGCCAAACGUCGAUGCCGACAUGGAAUUAUCCUUCCGGCAAGACGAUAUCAUUAUGGUCAUAGGCGAUAUAGACGCCGACGGCUUUUUUAUGGGUGAGCUCGACGGAAAGCAAGGGCUAGUGCCCUCGAACUACUUAAAAGAAUUAGACGAUUUCGACAACCGUUCAAGCCCGCUUACGUCGAGCCAAUCUAAAGACAGUGUGAAUAUGGCAUCGGACUCCGGUUCGACCGAAUAUAAGCCUCGUCGCGAACAAGAAUUCCGUCGUCGACCUCAUCCACCACAGGAGAAUCGUCAGAGACAAUCAUAUCAAAGAAGAUCCGCACAAAACCCGUCAAAUUCGAUUAAAGCGGGGACGGCGACGGAAGGUCCAGCCCGCGAACGACUUCCUAGUUCUGCAGUAUCGAUUUCUACGCCGAGCAGCGUUGAAACAUCGAUAAAAAUAGAAGAACGGGACGGCCCUGUUCCGGUAGAAAUGCAGACAAUUAUGAAUUUAGAUCGAACCCCAAAAGGGGGGGAAAGAAAGAAGAGUAUUAUUAGUAAAGGAAAAAACCUCUUUAAAAAGAUCGCCAAAUGA